AUGGACCAAGUCAGACCAGACCAUUACCCCCAUGGACCAAGGCAGACCAGGAGACCAUUACACCCAUGGACCAAGGCAGACCAGGAGACCAUUACACCCAUGGACCAAGGCAGACCAGGAGACCAUUACCCCCAUGGACCAAGGCAGACCAGGAGACCAUUACCCCCAUGGACCAAGGCAGACCAGGAGACCAUUACACCCAUGGACCAAGGCAGACCAGGAGACCAUUACCCCCAUGGACCAAGGCAGACCAGGAGACCAUUACACCCAUGGACCAAGGCAGACCAGGAGACCAUUACCCCCAUGGACCAAGGCAGACCAGGAGACCAUUACCCCCAUGGACCAAAGCAGACCAGGAGACCAUUACACCCAUGGACCAAAGCAGACCAGGAGACCAUUACCCCCAUGGACCAAGGCAGACCAGGAGACCAUUACCCCCAUGGACCCAGGCAGACCAGGAGACCAUUACCCCCAUGGACCAAGGCAGACCAGGAGACCAUUACCCCCAUGGACCAAGGCAGACCAGGAGACCAUUACCCCCAUGGACCAAGGCAGACCAGACCAUUACCCCCAUGGACCAAAACAGACCAGGAGACCAUUACACCCAUGGACCAAGGCAGACCAGGAGACCAUUACACCCAUGGACCAAGGCAGACCAGGAGACCAUUACCCCCAUGGACCAAGACAGACCAGACCAUUACCCCCAUGGACCAAAGCAGACCAGGAGACCAUUACACCCAUGGACCAAGGCAGACCAGGAGACCAUUACCCCCAUGGACCAAGGCAGACCAGGAGACCAUUACCCCCAUGGACCCAGGCAGACCAGGAGACCAUUACCCCCAUGGACCAAGGCAGACCAGGAGACCAUUACCCCCAUGGACCAAGGCAGACCAGGAGACCAUUGCCCCCAUGACCAAGGCAGACCAGGAGACCAUUACACCCAUGGACCAAGACAGACCAGACCAUUACCCCCAUGGACCCAGGCAGACCAGGAGACCAUUACCUCCAUGGACCAAGGCAGACCUAUAG